UCGUCCAAAAUGAAUGUUUCUUCUUCGUUGGUCUUGUGCCAUGUUGGCGGAAGUAACUGCAAACACUAGCAGGCGUCUUGUUUUUCUUGCUUCUGUUCUUGCAGGUUUUUAAAAUUCAUCAUGAAUUUACCAAAGGGUCCCGAUUCUCUAUGCUUCGACAAGGACGUUUUUAUGAAGGAUGACUUUGACGUGGACCAGUUCGUGGCCGAGUGUCGGAAGCAGGUGCAGCUGGAGGAGAUGAGAGAGGACCUGGAGCUCUACUACAAGCUGCUCAAGACAGCCAUGGUGGAGCUCAUCAACAAGGACUAUGCUGACUUUGUCAACCUCUCCACCAAUCUGGUGGGGAUGGACAAAGUCCUCAAUCAGCUCUCUGUGCCACUGGGACAGCUACGGGAGGAAGUCAUGAGCCUUCGGUCGUGCGUCAGCGAAGUGAUACAAGCCAUAGACCUGCAGUUGUCCAAACAGGAAGACCUGCAGAAAAAAAAGGUUUGCGUCCUGAGGCUGAUCCAGGUGGUGCGCUCGGUGGAAAAGAUUGAGAAAAUCCUCAACUCACAAAACCCCAAAGAGUCCAACUCAUUGGAAAGCGACAGUCCCUUGUUAGCGGGUCAGAUCUUGGAGCGGAUCGCCACCGAGUUCAACCAGCUUCAGUUCCACGCCGUGCAGAGCAAAGGCAUGCCCCUGCUGGACAAAGUCAGACCCCGCAUCGCGGGCAUCACCUCCAUGCUGCAGCAGUCGCUGGAGGGUCUGCUCAUCGAGGGCCUGCGGACGUCCAGUGUGGACAUGGUGCGCCACUGCCUCAGGACCUACGCCACCAUCGACAAGACGCGAGACGCCGAGGCGCUGGUGGGACAAGUUCUGGUCAAGCCCUUCAUGGAUCAGGUGAUUGUGGAGGACGUGGUCAAAUCCAGUCCCAACGGUCUUCAGGUGAUGUAUUCGAGGCUGCUGGAGUUUGUUCCUCAUCACUGCAGACUCCUGAGAGAAGUGACCGGAGGAGCCAUAUCCAGCGACAAAGCCGACAUCGUUCCCGGCUACGACUUCAUGGUCAACUCGGUGUGGCCCGAGAUGGUGAAAGGCAUCGAGGAGCGUCUGUCUUACCUCUUCAACCCCGGAAACCCCGACAUUUUCUACGAGCGUUACUGCGCCAGCACGGAGUUCGUGCGGCGGUUCGAGCGCCAGUGCAGCUCGCAGGCCAGCGUGAAGCGACUCCGAGCGCACCCGUCGUACGCGGCCUUCCACAAUAAAUGGAACCUGCCCGUCUACUUUCAGCUGAGGUACAAGGAGAUAGCGGGAAGCCUGGAGAACGCCUUCAGUGACGGCUUACAGGCGGCGCCAGCCGGCGGCGCGUACCACCUGCAGGCGACGGCGUCGUUGUGGUCUUGCCUGGUGCGCUGCUGGUCCGACCAAGUCUACCUGCCGCCGCUGGCUCAUCGCUUCUGGAAGCUCACGCUGCAGCUCUACUCGCGAUACGCCACCUUCCUGAACGAGGCGCUGAGCAAGACCACUCCGCCCGAGGCGAGCAAAGAGCCCAGCAGGCCCCUCCCCAGCUCGGCGUCGUCCACCUCCAGCAGGACGUCCGUCGAGGAGACGGGCAGCGAGAGCGGGAGUCCCGCCUCGCUGUCCACCAAACAGCUGGUCCACAUCGCAGCCGACGUCCAAAAAUUGCAGGAGCAGUUCCCGCAAGUGUCCAAAAUGGUAAGACAGAGAUUACAAGCCAUCGGCUUCACAAACUUUCUCGUUGUGGAAGAGGCCUUAGCGGACUCCAAGGCGGGCCUGUCCGGCAGCAUCCGCGCCCUCAGCACCCGCAUGACCCAACACCUGAGCGAGCGCAGCUGCCGCUUCCUGAAGAGCGCCUCCGAGGUGCCCCGACUUUACCGCAGGACCAAUAAGGAGGUGCCCGUGAGAGCGUCGGCGUACAUGGACAACGCCUUGCGGCCGUUGCAUCAGCUGCUGAGCGACUCGUCGGGCCUGGUGGACGCGGCCACGGCGCGCCAUUGGCUGACGGCCACGCUUUCGGAAUGCACGCAGAGGUACUAUGAGACCAUUUCUGAGGUUCUGAGCUCGGUGCGAAAGAUGGAAGAGAGUCUGAAACGACUGAAGCAAGCCAGGAAGGGAGCCGCCGCCGCCGCCGCCACCAACACCGGCGGCAGCGCGGCCCCCACCAACGGCGGCCCGUCGGACGACACCAAGAUCCGCCUUCAGCUGGCUCUGGAUGUGGAGUACUUGGCAGAACAGAUGGAGCGGAUGGGUGUGGAGCCUGCGGACGUGUCCAUGUUGUCCAGCCUCCUGGAGCUGGUGAAGGAGGCCCGAGAGCUCGCCGAACACCACGCGUGAAAACGCGCUGACGUCGUGACAAAAAAAGGGAGAAAACUUGGCUCGAUUGGACUCGAUUGCUUCAGCUUCUUUUCGUUUUGGAGUGAUUUGUCUCACCUACACUUUUGUCACUUUUUUGUUGUUUGUUUUUGGAAAUAAAUUAACAAUUGUUUUCUGU